AGAAAGAUGCUUAGGAAAUCCAAGCGCUACGUUUUCGCGCAUGUCGUCGCGGGAAACGCUCAAAACUACACCAAGGAACAAUGGACUUCAGACAUGAGAACUGCUCAAGAAGCCCACAUCGAUGCGUUUGCGAUCAAUAUUGGCGUGGAUCCUUCCAAUGAGCACCAGCUGCCACUGAUCUAUGACACUGCUAAAUCAGUUGGAUUUAAAGUGUUUUUGUCAUUCGAUAUGAAUUAUUACGCAUAUCCUGGUUCUUCAAAAGACAUCGAGAAACGCGUGUUGCAGUUUUCAAAACAUCCAGCACGAUUUCAAUAUCAGAACAAGACCUUUAUUUCAACCUUUUCUGGUGAGGUACCAGGCACGUUCUUGGAUGCUAACUUGAACUACACAGCUGCUUGGUGCUCUUUGAAAGCGUCAUUGCGUGGACAUGGUGUUAAUACUUAUUUUGUGCCAGGUUGGACGGGUACUAUACCCUCAACUAGCCGUUGCGCAGAUGGACUUUUAUCAUGGGACGCCUGGCCACACAACAACGAGAGUCAGCCAGUAGAUUACGCGCAAGUCAACGCUAACGUAACUACACAAGAAACAAUUUACUUUCCCGAUAAGGCAUCCAUGUUAGCCAGCCGGGCUGUUUCCAAAACGUUUGCUGCACCCGUGGCACCACUGUUUUACAAGCACCUGAACCCCUCCGAGACCGACAAUUACAUCUAUCGAAGUGAUGAUUGGUUGAUGGUUAAUCGGUACACAAAUUUGAUCAAACAAGAAACUCCACCCGAGUUUAUUGAACUGCUAACUUGGAACGACUACGGAGAGUCACAUUACUUGAGAGAUCCCCAACCGUUAGCCAACUUACCCUCGGGGAUGGUUUCCUCGCAUCAAUACGUUGAUGGGUUCACGCACACGGCGUUUUUGAACAUGCUAUCUUAUUUUAAUCAAUGGUACAAGAGCGGAACCCCACCCGUAAUGAAUCAGACAACAAUGUACAUCUGGUACAGACCGCACGUAAAAAACGCCGCGGCCACUGAUGAUGUUCUACCUUCUCCAGCCUUCGCCAACUUGACAGAAGAUAGAAUAUACGGCUACGUGAUUCCAGCUCCAAACACUUCGGUCAGCGCUAUCAGGAUCUUAUCAGGGUAUCAAGUAUUAGAGCAAGCAUUGUUCCCUCUCAACGAAACAUCUCCCUCCGUGAAUGGAUCAAAUCUCUGUCAGAUCGUAGAGGAUUUGUCGAACAACAAUGAAGCAGAGGUAGAUGGUACUGGGAUUUUAAUCUCCGCACCACUCGAGCCUGGAAAUCAAUUGAUGGAAUUAUUGAACGACAAAGGAGAAACCCUGGUCAGCUUACAAGGACGACAGGUUGAUGCUCUUCCCAAGACUUAUAACUUCAAUUAUUGGUCUGGUUCAGUUGCCUUCUGAAACCUCAUCUCUCUAUUUUUGAUCAAGACACUCAGAACUUUUGCACUGAGUCUCUUUUCAUAAGUAUCUCAUUAUCUUUAAUCACAAACUUUAUUUCAAUAUCAAAAUUAUCUUGUUAACUUUAAUCAUCACAUUUAUUUAGAUAUCCUAGUGAGUCAACUAUAGAUGUAGUGAAACAUGCAUGCUUCAAUGAAGUCCAAGAGCCUACUUCAACAAAUAAGAUAUGUAAAUGUGAAUGAAUAGUUGGUACAUAGCUCCUGAAAUUUAUCAA